GCCGGGUUUGGAAUCCCACCGAGGAGUCGCUCGGAGCAGCUGGAGAGAGAUGGACAUCGCUGUCAAGCCCCACAUACCCCCCACCAUGGCCCUGUAUGCCGAGAAGCACAGCGUCUUCCAGCUGAUGCAAAGCAUGGUGGAGGCACUGGUCAUCCACCAGCCUGAGGACCCCGUCUCCUUCAUGAUAGACCACCUGAAGCAGGACAGCGACCACGUGCCCAGGGUGUUUGUGCUGGGCCCCCCGGCCGCUGGGAAAACCACCAUUGCCAUGUUGCUCUGCAAGCACCUCAACGCCUCGUACCUCAGCCAGCAGAAGCUGCUGUCCAACAAGACGCUGGUGCUGGCCAAGGAGGUGCAGAGGUACCAGCAGCAGCAGGAGCAGAUCCCAGACGAGCUCUGGGUCGGCCUGCUCCAGGACCGCCUCUCGGACGUGGACUGCAUCAGGGAGGGCUGGGUCUUGGAUGGGUUCCCCCAGACCCGCGAGCAGGCCUUACUGCUGCAGACCUCCGGCAUCAUGCCGCGGCACGUGGUGGCGCUUUAUGCGCCGGACACCGUGCUGGUGGAGAGGAACCUAGGCAAGCGCCUGGACCCCAUCAGCACGGGGGUGUACCACACCACCUUUGACUGGCCGACCGACCCCACUGUGGAGCAGCGCCUGGUGCAGCCCGACGGCUGCUCGGAGCAGGCCACAGCCAGGCGGUUGCUGGAGUAUCACCGCAACAUCCAGAGCAUCUUCCAGAGCUACCGGGGGAACUUCCGAACUGUCAACGCCGACCAGCCCUGCACCGAUGUCUUCUCCCAGGUGCUGACGUUCGUGGAGAGCCAGCCCCGCUCGGCUGCCCCCUUCACCCCCCGGGUCCUGCUCUGCGGGCCCCCUGGCAGCGGGAAGAGCCUGCAGGCCGCCCUGCUGGCCCAGAAAUACGGCCUGGUCAACGUGGGCUGCAGGCAGCUGCUGAAGGAGGCCGUGGCGGAGAAGUCGAAGAUCGGGGAGCUCAUCAAGCCAUAUUUUGAGAGCAGGUGCCCGGUGGCGGACAACCUGGUCCUGAAGGUGCUGCGGGAGCGGCUGGGCAAGCUGGACUGCGUGUCCUGCGGCUGGGUGCUGCAUGACUUCCCGCGUGACGCGGACCAGGCCGAGCUGCUGAGUAACACCAGCUUCAUCCCCAACCGGGUGGUCUUCCUCACCCUGCCCGUGGACGCCAUCCUGGAGCGGGUCUCUCAGCGGGCCACAGACCCCGUCACUGGCGAGCGCUACCAUCACCUGUACAAGCCGGCCCCGAGCCUGGAGCUGUGCCAGCGCCUUCGGCAGAACCCCCAGGACGCGGUGGAGCAGCUGGAGCUGCAGGUGGAUCUGUACGGCCGGCACGCCGCGGACCUGGAGGAGUUCUACGAGGAUGCCAUCUACGUCAACGCCGACCAAGACCCUUACGCUGUCUUCGAGUCCAUAGAGAGCUGCCUCACCCGGCCUCUGCCCCUCCGCACCGUCUAG